CACACUGGAGUAAUGGUCUGAUGCCUAUGUGUAACUGAACAAAGAUCUCAACAAAACCUGAUUUAAAACAAAUGCUAACGGAACAGUCGCUACACACCGCUCGCGAUAUUUCGGGUACCGACGGAAGGUCGGUAGACAGUGCAGACAUACAGAAGAGCAGGAGAGGAAACACAGGCGAACAGCCAAAGCUAUACAGAGAACCAAAUAUUGGGAGAAAAUAACGGCCUUCAUCAUGAGUGACAGUGAUGAUGAUGACAGCGACAUCUACAAAGCUAAGACAUUUGGUCAGUUAAUAAUAGAGCUGUUAAAGAAAGUCACAACUGUUCCUACUGACCUACGACAAGAUCGUUACUGCCGGUACAUUAAUAGUAUUCUGUCAUUGUAUGGAGAAGAACAAUGUAUUUUGGUUGGCAGUACCAAAGAACGAACCAGACUGCGGUCAAACCAGGAUCAGGGUGACCAUGAUUAUCUCAUGAUUUCAGAAAUACUUAUUAGUACAAAAUACUUGCAGUACAAUGAUAAAGUUCCAUGUUAUGUGAGAAUUGAUGGCACGAAAUUACAUGAUGAACUUCCGGUUGAACUUAUUGAUGGGAUAUAUCUCCCUGGUAACCUUCUCAGAACGGUCAGUAGUGAGGCGUUUACAGGACUUCGCGGAUUGUUUUCCUUGGUGUCGUUGGUCAGCACAUUCCAAGGCCAGCACACCCUUCAUAUCAACAUUGAUGCGCCAAACAAACCCGGAGUCACUCUCACAAACUAUACCGACUGGAUGUGUGACGAGCUUCCGGUUAGACCAAAGUCACCCAAUAUUGAUACAGACAAAGUGUAUGGACUAUUCUAUGAAAGGAUAAGAAAUUCGCCGUUUUUGAUGCACACAAAUACUAAAGUUAUCCAAGUGCUGAGGAAGCUUGCACUUUUGGCGAUAACCCUUAGCGACGAUAUCGGGGCUGGUGCACAGCUCUUUCAGUAUUUGAGUCCUUUGGUCAAUGCAGUAACAGACUGCAUUAACAGUUCAACAACAGCUUCGCACCAUACCAGAUCAUCAACACUGAACACAACAAACGCAGAGGAGGAAUUACGGUCAACAGAACAUUCUGGUUGCGAGGAAGUGUUUUAUGCAAGUUACCGAUGGAAAUCACUGAAAAGAUGCAUUGCAGCAUUCCCGUUGGACGGCCCACCCAAACACAUGGACACAUGGAAAGCACGAACGUGUGACAAGGCGUGGCCAGGAGUCGACGUUGUGAGCAGUAUAUGCAAAAGUGAUUUCUUCGUCGUUUGUAAACCAUUAGCACAGGGAGCUUCUGAUAAGACCGAGUUUUGCUUGUCAUAUGUCUCAGCAGAAAUACAGCUCUCUGCUUGUAUGUAUCCAGUUCAAAGAAAAUGCCUCCUCGUGAUCAAAGCGUUUCAGAGCAGCAAAUUAGAGGAAUAUUCCGAUAAACUUACCACCUUCCACUGGAAAACAGCGUUGUACUGGGUAUCAGAAGGCACUGCCCUAUCACAGAUAGCUGAUGACAGUGACGAGAAUGUACUGAGUUUAGUGAGGAACGUGGUGGAUUUUAUGCUUACAAGUCUCCGUAAAUCUAAUCUGCAACAUUACUUCAACCCCAGCAAUAUAAUCGGACAUUUAGAUGUUAUGACCAUAAGUAAAGUUGUAGAUAUACUCACCGAAGUUCUUGACGAUCCCGUCGAUACGUUGCGGGAAUAUUUCAGAUAUGAGGAAAUAAAUAGUAGUGUUAGAACUAUAGAAGUCACUCGAUCCCAAAUGGAACAGCUGCAAAAUUCUGUACAUGCUGAUACUGAUCGAUUCGUCAUUGACAUGAUCGUUUCUGCUCUCGAACAAUUUGUGAGAGAACCACCUCAGUCAUCCGACGAUGAACCACUAUUCAAGAAGGCGGUGUUGAAGGUGGCUGAGGCGGUUUGUAGCGAUUUGACGAAAGAUUUAGUGGGAAAAGGGAGGCCACUCAUGGUGCCCGUAGACAGAAUCAUGAAGACGUUUGAAACUUUUCUAACUGCACAAGAAUCUAAAACGCAGGACACGAUGUUUGCGUUAUUCACUGUGUUCAGAUUGUCUGGUUUACUCAAAGAACUCUAGAAAUUACAUUGAUUGUGUGUGAGGUGUAUAUUAUAUUAAAUAAACAUUGAG